AUGUCAAACCCCAUUUUAGCCGCAACACUUAGUGCUAUUACAAAUCAGAAUAUUAUUACUUAUGACGACUAUUUAAAGGGUAAUGGAGGUUAUUGCAAUGAAUUGGAUCAAAAGUCUCUUCAUCAGUCUUAUUUAGUCGGUGGUAGGGUACCUUACGCUGGAGUAAGAUUAAAUGGAUUAUGCGAAGGUGGACAAUUAUUCAUUAAAAAUUUAUCUGACCAGCAAGGAUUAAUUUUUGCUGGUAAAGAACUAAAAGAUGGACGUACUUUGAAUGAAUAUAAUAUAGAAAAGGAAUCGACCUUACAUUUAGUAUCGAGAUUGAGAGGUGGUGGCGGAAGGUUCACUAGAAUUAACAGUUAUGAUCAAAGAGCUUUGUUCAACAGUCCCACUUUAUAUCUUCCUCAUAAUCAUCUUGCUCCAAGAUUCGAUUAUGAUUUUACAAAUAUACAUGAUUAUUGGAGACGUCCUUGUGGUUGGAAAAGAAUCGCCCUUAAUGUUCUUGACAAAUAUGAAGAUAAUAUUUGGCUUGGCGUUGACGAUAGAUACUCUUUAACAAGUUCGGUACAAAAUGAAUGGCCAGUUUCUUAUCAUGGAACUGCCAAACAUAAUUGUAAAUCAAUUGCUGAAGAAGGUUAUGAUUUGUGUAAAUGUAAACGAUUCAUAUUUGGACAUGGAAUUUAUUCAACACCAGAUAUUAACGUCGCAUCUACAUAA